UCAGUUCACACACUGGGAGCGUGACGAACGUUCUUCCAAAAGUAACAUCACUGGCGGGCAGAUUUUUUUUUCUAAUGACUUAGUAAUGUUCACCUCGGGUAGACUUAGUGUCGAAUACUUCUUCAUAUUAUCUAGCUAAAUACUGCCACCUCCUACUUCUGAUUUCGAGAUCCACGGGCACAAACAACACCAUGCACAGAAAGAGUUUAGUAAGCAGAUUCAUUCAUGGAUAGGUUUACGUUGUCAAGGCUACGGCCAGUUGUGGAGAUGGAAUCCUCCGUUCAUGAUGUGUGUGUACAAACGUGAUGUCACGCCUUUCUCCUCUUCCAGUGCAUGGUGAUGUUUGCUGGCAUCUCGAGAACGGUGUGGAAGCAUUCACCCACAAUUCGGCAAACAGUAACCAGAAGUAAGAAAUAAAGAGCUGCACCCCAUUAGCCUUAUAACAAGUCAAGGCUCAGGCUACGUUAGACGCCCCGCCCACUCUAAGUGCAUGCCGCUCGAGGACCCGCCACGCGAUCUGCCUGCUGACGUCACAUCCAGGGGGUAGGGGGAGCUUUUCUUUUCAUGUGACGACUGCUUUAGGAUCUGAUGUGACACAGCAACUUCAGGAUGUGAAGUGAAUGGCUGAUGACUUGAAACUUGCGCCUUUUCCUAUGCUCUUCACACCGAUAACCGGAGUGAUGAGGACUCAGCCACGUUUCAUCAAGCUGAGUUCCUCCUCAUGCUGGUUGCCCUCCAUCUCAGUUGUGGAGAUGUCGCCGGCAGGACCAAACGCCAGGCCGUUGACUUCGUCAUGAACGCUCCACCGCUUGGCGCCAACAACUCCUUCGACAGUUCCUUCGGUCCCUGGGGUUGCCUGGCGGAGGCUGUUUGCCAGGGACAACCGUGCCAGAACGGAGGCACCUGUCUGUUCAACGCCAGCAACUGCACCUUCACCUGUCAGUGCGCAGACGGCUCCCUCAGCGACACCUUGUGCCAGAAUGUGAGUGGCCCGACCUCGACAGGCCCAGUGGACGAGAAAGACUGUUAUCAAAACGGACAGAUCGUGUGCCGGCACGGCCGGUGUGCUGGGAAACCUCCAUUUGUCUACUGCGAUUGUGAUGAUGGAUGGACCGGUGAGUUUUGUGAAAAAGAGUGCAGCCUGAGGUGCGACAACGGGGGGAGGUGUAACGUGGACGCCGAGACUAAAGGGCAGUACUGCAACUGCAUCUACCCCUGGAGGGGGAAGACGUGCAGCGACACACCUCCACCAGUCAAAGACGCUACGUGGUCGUACUGGCUGUCUGGCGGCCUGGUGGUGGCCUUCGUUGUCAUAACAGUGAUGUUCGUGCUCCUGACUGUUUUCAUGUGGCGCCGUCGCUUCGUCCUCAUCAUGAAGGUCGUCUUCUACUUUCUGCCCUACGAAGACAAUGAUGGCAAACUGUUUGACGCCUUCGUGUCGUAUCGCUCCUGCCCGAGGACCUGGAGUUUGUCUACGGAAUGCUGUACCCGCGCCUUGAGCAGGAUCUCAAGUUCAAGCUCUGCCUGCAUGAAAGAGAUUUUCUACCGGGGAAACAAUCGCCAACAAUAUCCUCUGGGCAGUCGAAAACAGCCGUCGGACAAUACUAGUUCUUUCCCCAAAUUACCUGCAGAGCGAAUGGACAAGGUUCGAGUAUCAGCAGGCGCAGCAGGAGAUGCUGAAGAGGAAGCAGAAAAUCAUCCCCAUCAUGUUUCAGGACGUCAGCGACCACUUGGACGCCAUGGACAAGACCCUGAAGACCAUCCUUCAGUCCGUCACCUACCUGGACCUGCCGAAAGCGGCCUCCGACCAGCAACGCCUGGAGAAGUUCUGGAAGCGCCUGCAGCUGUCCAUGCCGAAGAAGAAGGACUCCUCGGACAGCACGUACACCUUAAACAGCAGACAGGAUACCCCUAGUAAUAUCCCUGCUUCGGACCUAAUCUUGGGACCGAAAACUUCGUCUGAUAAAGUUUCCGCCAUCUCCGAUGGAAGCGUCCAUUUGGAUCCCUCCCUGUUUGGUCGCAGUGCUAUAAAAGGACAGGAGAAAGAUAACAACGUACAGCUGGUCAGUCUUCGCUUCAUCCAGGCUGGAUGGACCAUGGAGAGCGACACAUGCCGAGGAGAACUGGAGGCAAUCGCGAGGGCUCACGAGCGUACGCUGGACGGUAUAAUCUGAGACACCAUAACAGGAGAUUCUUUCAUCAGAGAUACCUCAAACUGAGACACGUUGAUCCAAUACAUGUCGAUCUUAGUAGCUUUCUACCAGUCAUUUUGCGACUUUCUGGUCUAAGUCGACUUGAGAUAUUAUUUUGAGAGUUUUUUUAUCCGAGAUAUUUUGUGAUCGGAGAUGCAUUUAUAUGAGAUAUUUUGAGACGUUUUGAAAGAGAAGCGUAAAGGGAUUUUGAUAAGAGGGCACACUGACUCCAGAUAUUUGAAUCUGAGAUGUUUGGCACGCCGGGACCCACGUGCUGGCGAUAGUCUCAGUUGUUUCUGGCCACACAUCAACACACACAGGUCUGUGACAUAAUAUCUUGCAAUGCUGAAGAUUUGCUGAUGUAUUAUAUUUUUACAAAGCUCAUUUCUAAUUUCACAUUUCGCAUCCAUUUUGCUCAUUUCUGUAUUCAUUUUCAUGCAUUUUUAUGCAUUGAACUCGUGGUAACUUCUUUUCACCGAUAAUUGCAAUCGUCAUCAUCCGCGAUAUAGAUUUUGGUUUGCAGGCCAUCGAAGAACCGUUAAACCAUUUUGAUUGAUGACAUCCUUAGAAAAUGUCAGAGGAUUCUACUAUGAAGAUUUUACAUAACCAAUGCCUCUGUCCUCUCUAAACCCCCCCCCCCCAACUCCCUCUUUCCCGAGUUUACCCGGCAAUACUCUCUUCAUCGGUGCUACAAACAACACAGAGGUAUUGUAAGAGGAAGAUGUGUGUUUCCCUUGCUGAUCUCCCUCCUCUCCGGUGAUUUGUAUGAAUUGACCAAAUCCUACAAAUAAUCAUCAUUUUUACUUGUUGCCUAUAAUUUGAUAUCAUUGUCCAAUUAGCUCCUGUGAAUGUGACAGCACAAAGUCGAUUAUAUUUGUCUUGCUGGUCAAACAUGUUGAACUGUUUUGGUAUUCAGCUGGGUUUCAGCACCUUCUGUACUCAAAACUAUAAGAACAUUUUUUAAAAAUAACGAAUACUCUAUUAGUGAUAUUUAGCUUGAUGUUCAUUCUAUUCAUUUUUUCUUCCUGGAAUGCUGAUACUGUGAAUCUGAGAUUAAAGCAACUUUAUUAUGAUAUAA